CAUAUUUCAGUUUUCUUAUCUUAUUUUCACUAUCUAAAUUUUAAAGUAAAAAAAAAAGGGAAAAAGAGAAAACAUAGAAAAAUAUAUUUUUUAACCUUUCUCUACAUUUCAUAUAGAGGUUAAUAUAUACAUUUGAUUAAAUUACAAUGGAGUCUUACAUCGUAAAGAUCACAAUAAUUCUUUAUAUAACAAUAACAACUACUGAAGCGACAUUUCUUCUUCCUUUGAUUUUGGGAGGGGGGUUACACCAUAUGCGAUAUAGAGGUGAUGCACGUUUUGGUGGUACAUAUAAUCAUGAAAUUGGAGGAUCCGGUGGAUAUAGUGUAGGAGGAAAUAAAGAUAUUUAUGGCGGAACUCGAGGGGUAGGUCAAGGGGCAAGCCAAGGGACAGCCCAAGGCCAAGCACAAUUCGGUUCCAACAUGGAAUUCCGUAAACAAUUUGGAGGUUCUGGUAGCUUUAACAUCGGUGGUAACAAAGAAAUUUCUAGUUCUGGGCAAGUAUCGGGUGUGGGCCAAGGGUCAGGUGAAGGUCAAGGACAAUCUCAAAUUAGUAGCAAUAAUAAGCAAGGUGGAGGUUCUGUAGGCUCCAUUUUUAGUGGAAACUCGGGAGUUUCAGGUUCAAGGCAAGGGUUGGGUUAUGAAUCGGGUUCAAAUCAAGGCAUUGGAGGUUCCGUAGGCUCUAGUUUCAGUGCAAAAGCGGGAGCAUCGGGUUCAAGUCAAGGGUCAACAAUAACAUCAAGCUCAAGCCAAGGUUUAGGGCAAGGGUCAUCCCAAGUGUCAACCUCAAGCCAAGGUUUAGGGCAAGGGUCAUCCCAAGUGUCAACCUCAAGCCAAGGGGCAAGCGGAACUCAUGGGGUAGGUCAAGGGGCAGGCCAAGGGACAACCCAAGGUCAAUCACAAUUCGGUUCCGACAUGGAAUUUCGUAAAAAAAUUGGAGGUUCUGGUAGCUUUAACAUCGGUGGUAAAAAAGAAAUUUCUAGUUCAGGCGAAGUAUCGGGUGUGGGCCAAGGGUCAGGUCAGGGCCAGGGACAAUCCCAAAUGAGUAGCAACAAUAAGCAAGAUGGAGGUUCUGUAGGCUCCAGUUUUAGUGGAAACUCGGGAGUUUCGGGUCCAAAGAAAGGGUUGGGCCAAGAAUCGGGCUCCAAUCAAGGACUUGGAGGUUCCGUAGGCUCUAGUUUCGGUGCAAAAGCGGGAGCAUCGGGUUCAAGCCAAGGGUCAACCAAAACAUCAAGCUCAAGUCAAGGUACGGGGCAAGGAUCAUCCCAAGUAUCAACCUCAAGCCAAGGGGCAAGCGGAACUCAAGGGGUAGGUCAAGGGGCAGGCCAAGGGACAACCCAAAGUCAAGCACAAUUCGAUUCCGACAUGGAAAUUCGUAAAAAAAUUGGAGGUUCUGGUAGCUUUAACAUCGGUGGUAAAAAAGAAAUUUCUGGUUCUGGAGAAGUAUCGGGUGUGGGCCAAGGGUCAGGUCAAGGCCAGGGACAAUCCCAAAUGAGUAGCAACAAUAAGCAAGUUGGAGGUUCUACAGGCUCCAAUUUUAGUGGAAACUCGGGAGUUUCAGGUUCAAGGCAAGGGUUGGGCCAAGAAUCGGGCUCCAAUCAAGGCCUUGGAGGAUCCGUUGGUUCUAGUUUCAGUGCAAAAGCAGGAGCAUCGGGUUCAAGCCAAGGGUCAACCAAAACCUCAAGCUCAAGCCAAGGUUCGGGGCAAAGUUCAUCCCAAGUAUCAAGCUCAAUCCAUGGUUCAGGAAAAGAUCAAGGUCAAUCUCAGUCGGUAGUUUCAGGUCUAAGGAAAGGAUCCGACCAACAAUCAAGCUCUAACAAAGACUUCGAACAAGGUCAUGCUCAUACGGGUAAUAGCCUUAAUUUUCAUAAACAAAUUAGAGGUUCCACAGUCUCUAGUUCCGGUGCGAAAGAGGGAGCAUCGAGUUCAAGUCAAGGGUCAACCAAAACAUCAAGCUCAAGCCAAGGUUCAAGGCAAGGGUCACCCCAAGUAUCAGCUCAAUCAAGCAAUAACAUUAACUUUGAUAAACAUGGUUCUAGUUUAGGAAGUGGUACUUCUGGUUCUAGCCAAGCAUCAGGCUUAAGCAAAGGAUCAAACCUUGAUCAAACACAAUUAGGUAGCAAAGUCAAUGUUCAUAAACAAACUGCAAAAUCUAUAGGUUCCAAUAUGGGUUCAAAUGUGGGUGUUUUAGGUUCUACCCAAGAAUCAAGAUCAAGUCAAAGUAAAACUACAAAAUCAGGUCAAACAUCAGGCACAAUAUUCGGUUUAGGUGAAGCCCAAGUGUCAGGAGCCACACAAAAUCAAGGCUCUGUUAAAAAAUCGAAUCAAUAUUCAGGUGGAAGUUCUGGUUCAUCUUCAGGGUCAUCUGCAAAUCAAGCACAGUUUGGACAAGGUUCAAAUCAAUUUUAUAGCCAUAGUCAAAGUCAAAGUCAUAGUCAUAGUCAUGCAUCACAUGGUUCUUUUUCAAAGUCUUCAAGUCAAUCAUCUUCUGGAAAGUGCACAUGCCAAGAUUCAACUAACCCAUCAUCCAACCGUUCUUCUAGAAAACUCUUGGUUAAAGCCUAGUAGAAAAACUAAUAAAAUCCCUCAACCCUCGGGUUUUCAUGGUCCAAUAAUCAAUGUUUAUACAUUUUUGAGUAGGGGCGAGGCAAGGAAAUAAAAUCUCCACAACAAAACACCCUCAUCUUAAAAGAUUUAAACCAUAAACCUCUAAGAUCUAAAGCAAAACUCUUACCAAGUAAGUAGUUGGAGAGUUUAUUAUGGAAAAGCUUGUAUCGGCCCGAGUUUCUGUGCUUCUAUUAAAAAAUUUGUUUUUUGGAUGAAAGUUUAAAUUGAUAUAUAGAUUCAAAUGCUUCAUUGAUAGUA